UGAAAAUCAAGCCACAUCCUCGCUGUUCCUCUUCCCAACUCCCAUGGACACUAGAAACCCCAGACACAGAGGUCUUAGAGGACCAUUGAUGUCACUUCAUGGGAAGACAUGUUUGGUGCUACAUCCAUAGAACUUGGUCUGUCUUCGUAUGGGUGCCUGCAUCCCAAAGCACAGACCUCCCACACCACUCAGUGUAGACAACCUACUGUCUGUGCAGAAGAGUUUGGAGACUGGCCACCGGGGAUCGGACGAGAUGCUGAGAGCCUGCUUAGACCAUGCCCUGCAAGAAUUCCCUUAUGAGCCACGCUGUCUCCAAGACAAUGCCACCUUGACUGUCCAGGUGAAAGGGAGGAAGAGGAUGGAAUUUGUCUCUGGUGGUGGUGAGAACAAGAUAGUGGUUUCUUGGUUAAAGAGAAAAACCCGCUAUAACAUUGAGGUCUCCAAUCUGGAGGUGUACCUGGAUCGGCUGUGCAUUGCCCCACCUCCACUGACCCCUGAGAGUUUGGAGAAGGUGAAGCAGGAGCUGGCCAGAUGGGAUGAUGCCACCAAAGAACUCCGGGCCUGCCUGGAUGUUGCUAUAACGGAGCUUGAAAAGGAACCUCCUUCGGUGAAGAGUAAUGCUGCACUGACUAUUGAGUGUGGCAGUUCCUGCUUAGAUUUUGUUUCUGGCAAGGGGAAGUCCCACAUAUACGUUGUCUUUUCUGAUAGGCAGCCUCGAUACCGGGUGAGUGUUUCCUGUGUAGAUGUCUACUUGGACAGACUGAGCUGCCGGGCCAUGCCACUCUCUGCAGAGAACUUGCUGAAGGUAUGGAAGGAAACAGAAGGCAUGAAAGGAUGUACGGUUGACCUCCGGGCCUGCCUCAAACGAGCCCUGCAGGAGUUCAAUGCUUUGUCACCAAGGCAUCGAGCUAAUGCGACCAUCUUCAUUGACUGUGAUGGGAAAAACUUCAAGAUGGUUUCUGGGCAGGGAGAAAGCUGGAUUUCAAUCUUCAACAUCAUUGGAGAUCAACAUUGCCGCAGAGAAGUUGUGUUGGCAUUGGGAGAGACUGGGUCAUCUAGCAGAGGAACAGGGCCAUCCACUGGGAGACGAGGGAAAGAAAGGCCAUCAUUCCGGGUGAGGAGAUCAGAAGGGAGGAGAAAUGCAGAGGAGGGCCCAUCUAGUCAAUCUAGGAGAACUGCCAACAGGCCAAAAGGACUGUCCAAUGGGAAAAGAUUUAAGAGAGUGUCAUGCAAUACAAAUGAGGCAGAAGAAGGGGAAUCUAGUGGUAGAAAGAGGGAAGAAGCAGCACCAUUUGGGGGAAGGACAUUCUCCAGUGGGAAAAGGGCAGAUACAGAGCUGUCCAGUUGUUCCAGGGCACUGGGAAGAGAAUAUUCUCUUAGGUCAAAGGUAUUACCUUCUGGUGGGAAAAGGAAACUUCCCAAUGGGAAAGAAGAGGAAGCUGCUGGUUCACUAAGUAUAUCCAGUGGACCAGCAGCAACUGAAGAAGUUCUGAUCCAUGUAAAUGGGGAACCACCCAGUGAUGAAAUGGGCAAACAAAUGGGGUCGUCCAAUGGGUCAAGUGAAGAAGAAGGGCCACCUGAUUUUCUAGAGGAAUCUUCAGACAGAAGGCAGGAGGAUGAUGGGCUGAAAAGGUGACUCACCCAGAGGGCCAGUGAGCAUGAUGGAUCCAUCCCAAGAGAGGGAGAAGUCGGUUCUUGGACUGAGACACAGAUGGAUCUAUUCUAGGAGAGGACAUUGUUUUUGGAUCUGGAAGCUGGGGGCUGGUCCACCGAAUGAAUUGUGCAAGAAUGAUACCAAAUAAAUGAUCUAUGGACCUGA